AUGCUCAGAUUAUCCUCAAACUCCUCAGAUUAUCCUCAGACUACUCCUCAAACUCCUCAGUCUAAUCCUCAGACUCCUCCUCAGAUUAUCCUCAAACUCCUCAGACUCCUCCUCAGAUUAUCCUCAAACUCCUCAGAUUAUCCUCAAGCUCCUCAGACUACUCCUCGGUCUAAUCCUCAAACUCCUCCUCAGAUUAUCCUCAGACUCCUCCUAAGAUUAUCCUCAGACUCCUCCUAA